AUGUACGCGAAGCUGGUGAACGUGGCAUUGCUGCAUUCGCCACAGGCGCUGCUGUCAGUCAAUCACCCCGUGGCAGCGGAGGUGUAUCCGCAUCUUUAUGCUGGCUCCUGCAGUAAUGUGGUGAGCUGUAGCAGAGGCCGCAAAGCCCCGAAGAGCCAGCAGCAGCAGCAGCAGCAGCAGCAGCAGCAGCAGCAGCAGCACACGGCUCUUGCAGCAGACGCCUCUAUAAGGGGGGGUUCUGCCUGCGGAAUAACGGAGCAGCAGCAGCAACAGCAGCAGCAACAACAUUGCCCAUCUCUGCCUGCCGCAGAAGACAGCAGUGCAUGCGGGAGCUCUCUAGACGGGCAGCUGGAGAAGGUCGCGUUGUGCUCACUGAAACUCGCCAAAAAUCUUAAAUCUUUUUCUGUCCGCAUUGAGUUGCGGGAGUGGCGUAUCAGCUACGGCACGACUCCUGAGAAGGUUCCUUCUCUUUGGUGUGUGAGCGUCUCUGGACGGCAGUAUCGCUUGGAGCGACCGGCUGGUCGCUAUGCAGCUCUUUUUGCAUCUUGUAGACGGAGGUUUGAGAUAGCGGCUCGCGUGGUUCCUCAGCUGUAUGUACACCCCACCACGGCGUAUGAGGAGCUCUGCGGCUUGCUGACGGCUGCGGAAACAGCCAAACAAAAGGUCCAGCAGACGCACGAAGGGCAGCAGCCGUCUUCACCUUCGGUGCGCUGCUUCCUCGAAGGAGAGCGAGUCUGCACUGACGCUCACGCUGCAGGAGAUCCAUCGCAGGAGGAUGCCAUGUUAGACAGCCUUUCUCAGCAGCAUCAGAACCAGCCGGAGGAGCAGCAGCCGCUAUCCCCGGCAAGAAGCAGCAGCAGAAGUACAGGACGAGGUUCAUCGCGAGGAUCGCGUCCGCAUCAACAGCAGCAGCAACACCAGCAGCAGCAACAGCAACAACAACAGCGAUCUUACCCCCCUCCUUACCCCCUUCAGCAGCAUCAGCAGGAGCAUCUCAACGACCCCAACUCGAUCUUUGAGCAUGCCAAGCUGCUUUCCGCCCUUCCGAUUCGGAAAGGCAAAGGAUCGCAGCUGCUAUCGCUGUGUGAUCCACGAGGCACUGGCGUAAGGCACUUGGCAGACGAGACUAUCAGUCCUUCCUGCUGCUGGGGAGGGGCCUUUGCGGUAGAGGGGUGUACAGAGGAGUAUCUUGUUUCCAUCUCACGCUUCUUGCUGACGCAAAUUGCGGCUUUUGAGGCAACAGUGAACGGGAAAGGCGCACUCCUCAAGGACGAACAAGCGGCGAACGGCAACGCAUGCGCUACGGGGGGAAGGGAGGAAGAAGGGGGUUCCUCGAGCGGCGAUGCAUGCAGUAGUCGCAGCCUCCUUAAGGGGCCCUUUUGCCAAAAGCUCAUCGAGAAGGCGAACGCAGCUCACGUGUACCUCCCCCCCCUCGAGUAUUUGCUGUCUCCAGAUCUCGCUGCCCUCCAGGAGGAGGAAAAGAACGUGCAGCAACGCCCUGAUCAGCAGCAGCAGCAGCUGCUGCUAAUGCUGCAGCAGGCAUGCGCCUCAGAGGUCGAGUCAGCAAGAGCCGCCGCAGUAGGCGCGUCGACACAGCACGCCUCAUCGUCGGCAGGCAGGUGGGGAGUGUUCUCAGGCAGGGGAGGGAAGCGCUGCAGACGACCUCGCGGAGACGUCGCAUGUCUGGAAACAACAGCACCAGCGCCUGCAGGAGCAGUUGCAGCAGCGGCUGCUGCUGCUGCAUCGAACUUGCGGACGGCAGCAGCAGCCGUACAGCUGCAGCACCAAGUGCAACACUCGCAGCAGCAGCAACAACAACUAGCACCAUCGCCACUACAGGCAGAGCUGGAAGAAGCGGUAGUACAACCAAUGGACGAGCUUUCCAUAGAUCCUUCAGAGUUUCCGAUGUGCCAGCAGCGCGUGUUGCCGCUGGCUUUGCUGCAUCUCUACAGACAUCCAGAGCUCAUGGAGCUGCAGGAUUUUUUGCGAGUUUUCUCGGAGUAUCUUCAGUUGCUGCCCCCCUCCAUUGAAAUUCUGGAAGCAGCGCUGUUACGACCGGCUGUGAUGCCUUCACGUGCGUGUGUUACGGGUGUGAAUACGCCCAUGGGGAGUACAGAGGCAGCGGCAUCUGAGAGACACGGGCAUCAGAGGUUGCAACUCACGGCUCGCAUGUAUGAACUGCCGCACAGGCUUUCUCUGCAAGAGCACCAGGGGGCACUUCUGCUGCAUGAAUCUCCCUCGGGAGGAGGUAGGCAGGAUGAGGAUGCAAGCUUCGCAGCCUCGCCAGGAGAGAACGCAGUGGAGGCAUCAACUGCUGAACCGGUUUGCAAGACGGAUCUCACAGCAGCAGAUGCAGCUACUAAAGCCCAAGCAGAUGCAGCCACUAUAGCUCAAGCAGGGGUAGAGGAAGAAACAGACGCAGACGUGUUGAAGAGGCUGUCGGCGGGAGAGUCUGUAGGUGUUGCCGACAUCCUUGGGGGGGAGGGCAAGGAAGGGGUCUACAGCAGCUCCAAUACUGUCGGCGCAACUGCAGCAGCUACAGAAGAAGCUGCAAGUAAUAAGCCAGCGACAGCACCAGCCAGCGGUGAAGGCGUGACAACGAGCGCAGGAGGUCAGGGUAAGGAGGAUUUUUGCGCCGAAGAAGACACUUGUGUCACGGAGGAGGAGGGCUGCCUUCUGAGCGGGAGAGCAGCAGGAGAUGCUGAGGAUUCAGAAGAAGCGGAAAAAGCGGCAGAUGCAGAGGCAGAAGCGGCAGAUGCAGCGGCAGCAGCUCUGGAUGCAAACGUGUCUGAGGCAUGCGGCAAGCAGCUUCCUUUCUUCUUUGGAGAUGCCUUGCUGCUGCGACUUGUGCAGCUGGCUGUGCUGCAGCUAGCGGAGGCGUUGCCUCGAGCCGUGCCUGUAGGGAGCAAUGCAGCAGAUGGUCUUGUGCCUGAGGAGAGCAUGGUGUCUGCAGCGCUGUGGCUAGGCAUUGAUCUAGGAUUCCAAAGACACCCGCUUCAAAACAAGCCCAAGAAAAAGCUGCGCCAACACGCUGCUGCGUCAGGCAUCAAGGGAGAAGCCUCAAGCUCUCACAGCACGAGCAGCAGCUUCGACGGCGAGAGCAGCCGUCAUGCAGCAUUUGCUCCUGCAGUGAGUGCAGCAGCCUCAGCUGCUGCAUUUUAUGAAUGUGCAGCUGGAGGGCGUCCGAAUAUCCUGCAGCAUGUGCGUCGCUUGCUUGCUGAAGAUGCAGUUUUCACGGCGGGAGCUUUGCAGCCUCUACAGCUCGGGAGUCGCGCAUUGAGAGCUCUAGAUGGCUUGCCUUUCGACAUCCGUCUCGUUGAUCCCCUAACAGCCCCCCUCCUGCUCAAGAGACUGCUCUUCGAGUGUAUGUACAGCCCGAGGCGCACUUACUUGACACCGUCCAUGAUGGAGCCACCCCCUCGACGCAACGCAGCAGCAGCAGUAGCUCCAGAGAAUGCAGAAACACACGACCAACGCCUUCGUGAGGAGACUCCGGGAGAGACGCAGCCUCUGCAGGAGCACAGCACUUACGCUGCUGCUAGCGCCAGUCCAACCUCGAAGGCUUCCGCAUUUGCGGCUCCAGCGGCAGUUGCGGAAGGCACAGACACGCCGAGUGCCUUGCGAUCGCUGCCAGCAGCGGGGAGUGGCGAAGACUCUUCCUCUCUGACAGGAGGCAGCGACGUCUGCGCAGAAGGAAAAGAGCAGCAGGAGCCUAGAGAAGCAAAGGAAACGGCGUUUGCUGCUCUUGGGGGAGCGGCAGCUGCUGCGCAAAGAGGAGGACGUAGUGGCUGUACCAGCAGCAACAGCUGUCAGCCAGAAGCCUCCGCCGAUGAGGAUCUCUCCGACGUCAGCAGUCUCGAGGAGGGAGAUCGCGAUGAAGACGAAGAGACAGCAGAGGCAGCUGCUGCUGCGGCAGCUGCUGCGGGAGCAAUUCCUGCAGUGGAGUGGGUAAUUGAUCUUGGCAAGGCAGAAGUAUGUGGUGUUGACGCUAGUGCCAUUGAUCGCCUCUUGCUGGCACUGCAUAGCCUCCGAUGCGGCAGCUUUUGGCUGUUGCCAGGAGAUAUCCGCUGCUGCCUGCUGCAGCAGCUGCAGCGGCUUGUCUCCGAUGGAUGGCAGGGAAAGUUUUUUCUGGAUGCGAAGCUCGAAGCGCUAGCACGUGCGCGUCUAAAUCUGCUGCGGCUAAAGGCUGCUGCGACAACAAGCCAUCCGGAGGAAGAUCUGCCGACUGCUACUACUGCUGCCCUUGCUGCUGGGGAGCUCAAAACGGAGAAGGAAGUUGACGACAGCCAGACAGCCGAGGAUGGUGAUGCAGCUGCUGCAGCAGCUGCAGCAGUCACGAGUGUCACACCCCUAAAGGAUUCUUUACCACGUGGAACUGAUAGAGCAAAAGAGGAGACAGGUGUGUUGCAGAGUUUCUUGCGGGGGUAG